GACAAAUCUACCCUCGUGGAAGCUUCUUUCGUCGAAACCCUGAUUUACGCCGUCAGAUCAGAUCCUUCUUCCUUCCUUCCUUCGGCGCACCGACGGAAUCGAACACCGGCAGGCGGCAGGGUGGCGGAGGGGAGAAAUGGUGAGCAAGACAGAGGAGGAGCAACUGAAUAGUUUGGAGAACCAAGUGGAAAACGGCGGAGGCGAUUCGUGGGAGUAUCUCAGCCUCGUUAGAAAGCUCAAGCUCCGCCGCUCGGAUAAGGUCCUGAAGCACGGCGUGAGGAUUCUGAACGACGCUAAAAAGCGAUCUGCUCUUGGCCCGGAGGAAUGGACUCUAUAUGAGCAAGUGGCCAUUGCAGCUAUGGACUGUCAGCAACUUGAAGUGGCAAAGGAAUGCAUCAAGUCCUUACAGAGAAAGUUUCCAGAGAGUAAACGUGUUGGUAGGUUGGAAGCAAUGUUGCUUGAAGCCAAGGGUGCAUGGGCGGAGGCUGAAAAGGCUUACUCGAGUCUCUUGGAAGACAAUCAGUUUGAUCAGGUAAUACACAGAAGAAGGGUAGCAAUGGCAAAGGCACAAGGCGAUCUUUCCGGGGCAAUUGAGUGGUUAAACAAGUAUCUUGAAAUAUUCAUGGCAGAUCAUGAUGCAUGGAGAGAACUAGCUGAGAUUUACGUCUCUCUACAAAUGUAUAAGCAGGCGGUCUUCUGUUACGAAGAGCUGAUCUUAUCUCAACCUACCAUUCCAUUAUAUCACCUCGCCUAUGCUGAUGUGCUCUACACAAUUGGAGGGCUCGAAAAUCUUCAUGCCGCAAAAAAGUAUUAUGCAGCAACCGUAGAUUUGACCGGUGGCAAGAAUAUCCGAGCCCUUUUUGGCAUAUGCUUGUGUGCUUCUGCUAUUGCACAGCUGACGAAAGGGCGGGGCAACAAAGACGACAAAGAGAGCUUGGAGCUGCAAUCCCUGUCGGGGAUGGCAUUGGAGAAAAUCUACAAGCAUCAAUCCCCUUCUAAACUUUCACUCCUCAAUUCCACUUUGAGAAGCUUGAAAAUUUCGUUGUGAUCGAAGCCCUAUACGGUACACUUCGACUUUUCCGUUUAUUUGUGUUUCGAAAUAUUUGCUUGUAUUAAAGACACAUCUUAAUUUAAGAAUUUGUUAUGUCGUCAAUGGAGAGUUUGAGACAUUUUGGGUUUAGAAGCUUUCAAUUUUUGUAUGGCAAAGAACAAGUGUUGGAUUGGAAUCUUUGGAUGUAACAUAACUCUUCAAUGUAAUAUUUCCUCAGUC